AUGCGACCAACGACAGGUCUCCGGGUCCCGGCCCGCCGCAACAUCCUCCUCCUCCGGACCGCGCCCCGCCCUCUCUUUACCCUCCGCCACACCCCCGUACCCGCCGCCCUCACCUCGUCACGCCGCGUCUGUGCAUCUCCCAGCCAGAUGUGGUCGCCGUCUUCGCGCCGGCUCUUCUCCGACAACGCCCCGGCUGCGCCGUCCGAGUCCACCUCCGAAUCUAACCCUCGGCGCCCACGCUACAAGGUUGUCAAGCUCGCCGACCGCGAGUACCACGAUAUCGCGGACGAGUAUCUUGACUUGAUACUCACUAGAUACGAGGACAUGGUGGAGGAAAUCGGCGACCUGGACGUUGAGCUGGCUGCUGGCGUAAUGACGGUUUCUGUCCCCAACAUCGGGACCUAUGUCAUCAACAAGCAGCCACCGAACAAGCAGAUUUGGCUCUCCUCGCCCAUCUCUGGCCCUAAACGUUACGACUAUGUCGAAUACACGGAUCCUGAGUCGGGGACCAAGGUCAAAGACUGGGUAUAUAUGAGAGAGAGCACCUCACUACGCGAGCUCCUUCUUACAGAGACAAAGCUUGACCUUGGGGAAUGA